AUGCGAUCUGAUGUGGGAGCUGCAUCUGUCUCCACCCCUAUUCAAUCUUUCUCUGCCCGGACCCGCUCCAGUGUUGCCUUUGCGAAAUCGGCCUUUUCCCCCCACAAUAACGGCCAAUACGUUGAACUCGAUGAUUUGGGGGUAGCGACCAGUCCCAUUGAGAACGAUGAGCCGAAUCUUGAACAAGAUCAUAAUCGCUAUGCCUCGCCUCCCAAACGUCGAAGGAAAUUAUAUAUCCCGCACACCUUGUGGACACGUCUUUUCGCUAUCACCGGAAUUAUUGAGACACUAGGCACAGUCGGCAUUGAGAGUUGGAUUUUCAUUAGCAUUUCAAAGCAUUUCGACGAUAAUGGCGAGGAGGAUGCGACGCUGCGCCUUCGGUCGUUCUUGGGUCUCUACAUCUUCGCCCUUUUCUAUGAGCUUGCGCUCAGUUACGAUGCGUUGCGACGAAAAAAUACUUUCCAACUGAUCGGACUGUGCAUCUGUAACCUGGGCUUGCUGGUCUAUGGUAUUAUUCAGACGAAGGAAAUUAAAGACACACUUUCCAGCCUGAGCGGGAGUACCGUCAAUGCGACUCAUCUGUGGGUGCAAUACCGGAUUGCCUUGAUCUUAGUACCAGUGGUUCUGGGAGUUGGUACUGUCUGCAUGUCAGCAGUGACAUGGAAGCUGCGCGCGGAGUUCUCUUGGACUAUUUACAAGAGUAUCAGUGCUGAUUUGCAAAUGAGUUGGCGAUAUACAACUUAUCAGGUAUAUAUUGCGCUCCUAAAGUUCGAUUUCUUUUUCAUUUUCGGUACGCAGCUACAAGUGUUGCUCGCCCUGAAAGAUUACACCGAUGAGGAGUUCAUCAUCCAAGCCGCUAUGAUACCCAUCGCCAUCAUCAGCCUUAUUCUAGCUGCUCGCUUCUGUCGACUAGAAAAGACUAAAUCUUUGAUCUGCAUUAUGGUGCUUUUUGUUGUGCUCAUCGCCAGUUUUGUCAACACUGUGAUGAAAGUAUUCAGCGGCAGCGAUAGUGGCCAAUUGACCAGCUACCGAGUUUCCUUGACCUUAUUUGCCACAUUGGCAGUUCUACUUCUGGCCGGCACAAUGGCCAAUUCUGUGAUGUGCAUUCUAAAUUUCAGAAAAGGAUUGAAAGAGCAUAUCAACAACGCUAGAAAGCAGGCGCCGGCUGCAGAUACGGAAAAUGCCUGGACGGAAGACACGAAGUCACGAUUUGUAUUAAAUUAA